CCUCUUCUCGACUCCUCUCUCCCUCAUCACCGAUUACAAAACUAGGUGCAAAUUUACGCUUGGAGCGUGGAUGAAAGCGCACACGAACAGAAUGACCGGGUUUCGGGGCAUCUUUCUCGUCGUGAUUUUCUCGUUGGGUGUCAAAGCUUCAGUGGCCGGACGAAAGAAUCCGUUGGUCGAACUAUCCACCCAUACAGACCUGAUACAGUUGGCCGGAUACGGGCUGGAGAAACUCUCGUCCGUCCUAGUGACCGGCACGCUUCUAUGCGAGGCUUGUUUGCAUGGGGAAAUGGAACCUGAGCUUCGUCAAUGGCCCAUCUCAGGUGCAGUAAUUGGCGUUGCAUGCAAAACCAGCAGAAGAAAGAUGUCAAAAUAUUGGGCCCGAGGGAAAACAGAUGAAUACGGAGAGUUCAUAAUUGACCUACCUUCCCAACUGCAUGCAAUUCCAGAACUGGACAAAGCAUGCAGUGUUAAGGUUGUUGCACUGCCCAAAAUAAAAUCGGCCUGUAGUCGGGCUUUUGUUGGAAAAUCCCAGGGAAUAAGAUUGUCGUCGGUUGGAAACGGAAUCCGCACUUAUACAGCCGGAGAGAUAGCAUUCCAAAAACAAUCUAAACGCUCAUCAGUCUUUUGCCUAAAGAAAGGAAAAGGAAAGACUGAUAUGCAGGGAUUUCAUCGUGGUGAGCCGUAUAUAAGGUAGGGAUCAUGUGGAUUAGCUCUAUUUAUAUUGGAUGGCGCUUACAGUCACAAUAUCGACAACCCAAUUAAAUUCCCCAACUCCUUUAAUUUUAUGCAGUAUAUAUAUAUAUAUAUA